UGCUUGACUUUCUACUAGACUAUCCAUCUUUCUACAACUUCAUUAUUAAUGAGCCAGUUAUGGAGAGGGACUAGACUGAGAGGAUCCUGGCCGUGUUCUGCCACACAGCUGGUUUUAUCAUGUCUCCUCUGUGGACACCGAGUUUCUUCAACUUUAAAAUGACAGGGCUGAACUACAAGACCUCAGACCUCUGGCAGCUGUAUUACCAGGUUGCAGGUAUAAAGGGCAAUGAACAGGAUGAAAAAUGUUUCUAGAGUUAAGCUUGUGAUAUUGACAUCUCAAGAAUGGACAGAAAACAUGGGAAAUACAUAGUGAAUAUUGAACACUCUGGAAAACAGUUGCCAUUCUUGAAUCCAGGAAACCAAGAAGCUCACAGUUCAGCAUGUCAGUUUCAGACAUCAACUAAUUUAACUGGUGAUGUUAGUACCAAUUUAACUGGUGUCUGCACUAACACAGGGACCCUUGAACACUCAGACUUUCCAAACAGAGAAUUUCAACAUUGCCAGGUAAUAUUUGGGGCAAUACUAUUCAAAUGGAAAAUGAGGGUGACACGAAAUUUCUUCAGUGACUGGUCUCUGUGGAAAAUCUUCCUGGCUUGUCUCUUAGCCUGUGUGAUAACAACAGCAAUUGGAGUACUCAUAGUGUGUCUGGUGUAUAAUGGGAAAAAUAGUAAUGCUUCCAUUGUUAUUCAACUUCCCCAAAACCAUGGGACAACCUCACCUACAACUGGAACAACCUCAUCUACUAGUUCUGAAGCUAUAGUUCCUACUACUUUAACAUCAUCUACUUCAGUUGAACCUACGACCACCACAGUAACCACCACUUCAAGUAUAUUGACUACCCCUACAACUACUAGUACUGCCACUGAGGCUACCACCACAGCAGCCACAACUAUCACCUCUACUGAAACUACAACCACCACAGCAGCCACCCCUUCAACUACGCUAACCACCAGAACUGCCAUCACUACCACUGAGGUUACAACCACAGAGGCCACCACUACAACUGAACCAGUUACAACUGCCAGCACUACUACAGCUUCCACUGAACCCAUAACUACAGCAGCCACUGAACCAAUUACCACAACAACUGCCAGCACUACCACUGAGGCUACCACCACAGAGGCCACCACUACAGCUUCCACUGAAUCUACAACCACAGUAGCCACCACAAGUGCCAGCAUGACCCCUGAGGCUACAACCACAGAGGCCACCACCAAAGCUUCCACUGAAUCCACAACCACAGCAGCCACCACUACAACUGAAUCAAUGACCACAACUUCCAGCACAACUACUGCAGCUACCACCACAGAGGCCACCACCACAGCUUCCACUGAACCCACAACCACAGCACCCACCACUACAACUGAAGUGACUACCACAACUGCCAGCACGACCACUGAGGCUACCACCACAGAGGCCUCAACCACAGCUUCCACUGAAUCUACAACCACAGCAGCCACCACCACAACUGAACCAACGACCACAACUGCCAGCACAACCACUGAGGCCACCACCACAGCUUCCACUGAACCUACAACCACAGCAGCCACCACUACAACAGAAGCGACUACCACAACAACUGCCAGUACCACCACUGAGGCUACAACCACAGCAGCCACCACAACGGCCAGCACAACCACUGAGGCUACAACCACAGAGGCCACCACCACAGCUUCCAGUGAACCCACAACUACGGCAUCCACCACUACAACGGAACCGACUACCACAACUGCCAGCACCACAACUGAGGCUACAACCACAGGAGCCAGCACCACAGCUUCCACCGAACCCACAACCACAGCACCCACCACUACAACAGAAGCGACUACCACAACAACUGCCAGUACCACCACUGAGACUACAACAACAGAGGCCACCACCACAGCUUCCACUGAACCCACAACCACAGCACCCACCACUACAACAGAAACGACUACCACAACAACUGCCAGCACAACCACUGAGGCUACCACCACAGAGGCUACAACCACAGCAGCCACCACAGCUGCCAGCACAACCACUGAGGCUACAACCACAGAGGCCACCACCACAGCUUCCACUGAACCCACAACCACAGCACCCACCACUACAACAGAAGCGACUACCACAACAACUGCCAGCACAACCACUGAGGCUACCACCACAGAGGCUACAACCACAGCAGCCACCACAACGGCCAGCACAACCACUGAGGCUACAACCACAGAGGCCACCACCACAGCUUCCACUGAACCCACAACCACAGCAGCCACCACUACAACAGAAGCAACUACCACAACAACUGCCAGCACAACCACUGAGGCUACAACCACAGAGGCCACCACCACAGUUUCCACUGAACCCACAACCACAGCACCCACCACUACAACUGAACUGACUACCACAACAGCUGCCAGCACAACCACUGAGACUACCACCACAGAGGCCACCACCACAGCUUCCACUGAACCCACAACCACAGCACCCACCACUACAACAGAAGCGACUACCACAACAACUGCCAGCACAACCACUGAGGCUACCACCACAGAGGCUACAACCACAGCAGCCACCACAGCUGCCAGCACAACCACUGAGGCUACAACCACAGAGGCCACCACCACAGUUUCCACUGAACCCACAACCACAGCACCCACCACUACAACUGAACUGACUACCACAACAACUGCCAGCACAACCACUGAGGCCACCACCACAGCUUCCACUGAACCCACAACCACAGCACCCACCACUACAACGGAACUGACUACCACAACUACCAGUACCACUACUGAGGCUACAACCACAGAGGCCACCACCACAGCUUCCACUGAACCUACAACCACAGCACCCACCACUACAACUGAAUUGACUACCACAACCACUGCCAGCACAAGCACUGAGGCUACCACCACAGAGGCCUCAACCACAGCCUCCACUGAACCCACAACCACAGCAGCAACUACCACAACUGAACCAACUACCACAACUGCCAGCACGACCACUGAGGCUACCACCACAGAGGCCUCAACCACAGCCUCCACUGAACCCACAACCACAGCAACCACCACUACAACGGAACCGACUACCACAACUACCAGUACCACUACUGAACCUACAACCACAGCACCCACCACUACAACUGAAUUGACUACCACAACCACUGCCAGCACGAGCACUGAGGCUACCACCACAGAAGCCUCAACCACAGCCUCCACUGAACCCACAACCACAGCAGCCACCACUACAACUGAACCGACUACCACAACUACCAGUACUACCACUGAGGCUACAACCACAGAGGCUGCCACGACAACUUCCAGUGAAACCACAACCACAGAGGCCACCACUACAACUCAACCGACUACCACAACAACUGGCAGCACUACCACUGAGGCUACAACCACAGCUUCCACUGAACCCAGAACUACAGCAGCCACAACUACAACUGAACUGACUACCACAACUGCCAGCACCACCACUGCAACUGCAACCACAGGAGCCACCACUGCAGCUUCUACAUAACCUACAAGCAUCAUUGCUGCUACUAUUUCAGCUGAACUGAGUACCACAACAACUGGCACUACUACCACUUGGGCUGUAAUUGGAAUGGCCAUCAUUACCUUUCAUACUGAACCUACAAUGACCACAAACAGCCACUUCUUCAACCAAACUGACUGCCACAACUGCCAGUGCUACCACUGAGGUUAUAACCAUAGUGUUCACCACUGCCACCUCUGAAUCUACAACCACAGCAGUAGCAGCCACUUCAGCUGAACUGAUUACCACAACAGCUGCCAGUACCACCAUUGAGGCUAUAACCACAGCCAUUACUACCACCUCUACUGAAUAUGCAAACACAACUGCACCCACCACUUCUAGUGAAGCCUCCCACAAUGACUGCCACUAAGUAGUACCAGUAAAGCUACAACCCUAAUAGUUGCCACUACCACUUCUACAAAUCAACAACCAUCAUAAUAGUCACCCCUUCAUCUGAACCAGCAGCGUAACAGUGACCAAUACUUUUAAUCUGAAUCUACCACAUAAACUGCAGUCACUGUCCUUUCAAUUGAGUGCAUUACCACAAGUACAAUUAUCAUUUCAACUGUACCCACAGCCAUUUUUUUCAAGUUCAUAUUAACUGAGUCUACAAUUGCCAUAAAUUUUACUUAAUAUACUAUUAUGAGAUUACAGCAGCAGUUCAAGUCUUUCUUAUCCACAGUGGUAAUUCUUUUACUACAGUUUGAAGCUACAUCUACAUAGUCAUCCAACAACUUCAACUCACAUUGAUUCAUUCCCAUUUCAAAUGAACCUACAAUUUUCAUUGGUUUAACCAAAUCUCCAGAUACUGCUCUCUGCUCUACAACUGAAUUUAUAUGGCCUACAAUAGUCACCUCCACCUCAGGGAUUAAGUCUAGUCUGUUUUCUUACAAAACUAAAGUGUCAUCUUCAACCCCCACUGCCACCACCUCAAGUAAAGAUAAAAUCAACACAGAUGCUACGAACUCCACUGACUUUCGAAUCACAGCACCAUAAUGACGUCAGCUGAAUUUAUAGUCUCCAUAACCAACAUUACCUGUUAAUAGAAAAUGCGGCAACUUCUGUGUACUAUUACAAUACCGUUAGCAAUACCACUGCCCCUUCAAAUGAAUCCAUAGCCACAUUAAUAACAUUACAUCAAUGAAACAUGCUUUUACCAUAACUUCUACUGAAAUUUCAUAAUAGGGACCACCACAUCAAGUGAUCCUACAGUAAUACUACCAUUUCCAUGCAUCAUUAUUUCCUCACCAUUUCUACUGUACAUGCUAGUGUAACAGACAGAACUUCACUAAACCCUUUGAUGCCCUAUCACCUGAAUCUAUAAACACUGUAACUUCUACUGACAUGUUAUUCAAAGAACCAAAUGCUGCCUCUAUUUAUAGUAAAUCCAUUAAGUCAUACUAUCACUACCCUUGACAGAAAUGGCAAAUUCAUAAUCACCUCUUCCAUUGCAAAUGUAGUUACGGGAUGCCUGCAAAUUAAAUCCUACCAUUCCCUGUCAUCACUCUCAGACCACAACCAGAGCUACUAUUAGGGCCAUAGGUGAUUCCAUGGCCAGUAACUGCCAACUUAUAACUAAACAACUACCUAAAUAACCACUUUUAAAGCAAGAUUUACUUAACCAGUUCAAGUAUCAUCACAAUGACAAGGAAUUUCACCCCAUAACAAUAUUUAGGUUUAACAUUACCAUUUAUUAGGCCUCACUAUUUAAUGUGGAGAGUCUUUAUUUUGUGGUGUUUUAAAUAAUACAAUUUUCAUACAAAGUAAAUCCAGUGUAUAUAUAUAUAUUGGUGUUGGAAAGCUGUUAAUGAUGAAAUAAAAAGUUAUCAAAUGUGAAUGCAGCCUUCUAUUAUUCCGAAGUUUUAGUCUUUAAUACAGAAAUUCCAUAUAUAAUAGGAAAAGAAUAUUCUGUAUUGU